GUCACCCCCUCCACUGAAAUCCCCCCCCCGAAGACAGAACACAGCUCCGACGACCUCCGCACCGGGCUGUUCCAGUACAUACAGGACUCAGCCUAUCAGAAACUGCCUGGUCCAUAUGAGGUUGUGUUCUAUGACGAAACAGACGACAGUCCCGGCGUCAUGCUGUGGCGUUACCCAGAAUCCCGUGUGUUGACCUUCGUACGCAUCACUCCAGUCCCCUUCAACACCACCGAGGACCCUGAGAUCAGCACCGCAGACCUGGGAGACAGACUAAAGGUGCCGUGCAGCCUGGAGUAUUGGGACGAGCUCCAGCACGCCUUCGUCCCCUACCGAGAGUUCAGCCUAUCAGAGAGUAGCGCCUGCGAGCUGACCCUGCCCAGCCUGACGCUGACCAAUGAGCAGAAGGAUCUGGUGACCUCUGACCUGUGGAGGAUCGUCCUCAACAGCAACCCAGACGGAGGAGACGAACAGAGUUCUGACAGUGAGUCAGGAUCUCAGCAGGGUUCCUCGGGGUCCCAGCUUCUGCCCUGUGACCAGCUGGUGUCCCCCACGGCGCUGGCAGCCUGUACCCGGGUCGACUCCUGCUUCGCCCCCUGGUCCGUGCCCUCCCUGGGCGUGUCUCUCACCCUGGCACAGAUACAGCUGCAUCUCUACCACCACCUGGAGCAGCUGGGAACAGUGCCGUCACGUCGACUCCGCCCCUUCCUGCCAGACAGGAAGUUGCCCCAGGAGCAGGAGUACCUGGUCAUCGGGGCACAGGAGCCGCGGGUGUUCCUUCGCCAGUGGAGCGGUGGUACCGGUACCGUUAGUUCUACCCGGCUGUGCCAGGAGAUCCAGUUCUCCACUGAGCUGGACUGCAGACUGUUGGAGUACCGGAACCUGACUUGGCUCUGCCUGCUGCAGCCGUUCAUACUGCAGGGCCAGGCCGCGGUCACACGCUGCUCCAACAACACCCUCCUGGACGGGAACGUCUUCAUAGACCCCGUCUUCGUCAACAUCAGCCAGAACACUGUACACAGCCUGGAUACAGCCCUGCAGAGCUGGCAGCAGAACGGGGAUGAAGGGGUGCAGAGGAGUUGA